CACACACACACACACACACACACACUCCCUCCCUCUCUCACAGUCACUCAGUUGCAACAACACGCUCACCGAGGUCGGCAGCACAAAGCAGAGACGCUGUCUUACCAGCUUUCACACACACUUUCUCCACACCUCACUCGAACACACGCGCGCAGACAUUCAACACACACCUCUUCAGCAACACCCGGGGAGCUGAAGCCUAACUGACGAGAGGAAGGAAGGACACUGGUGAAGAGAAGAAGAAGUAAUAGAAGCUGAAGAAGAAAAGAUAAAGACACAUUUUGUAAACCAUCAAUAAGGUUGUCCAAUUGAACAGCUUCCUCCUGGGGGCCCCUGCUGACGGACCCUACAAGUGCGGGAGCUUCAUGAGUGUGUGCACUUAACCCCCUGUGUGUGUGUGUGUGUGUGUGUGUGUGUGUGUGUGUGUGUGUGUGUGUGUGUGUGUGUGUGUGUGUGUGUGUGUGUGUGUGUGUGUGUGUGUGUGUGUGUGUGUGUGUGUGUGUGUGUGUGUGUGUGUGUGUGUGUGUGGCACCAUGCUGUGGACAGUGAUCCUAGCGCUGCUGAUGCUUCUCCUGCUGCAGACUCAGCUCUCUGUGUGCUUAAGGGGAUUACGCAGCGGGGUUUCCAGCUCCUCCUCCUCUUCCUCCUCCUCUUCCUCCUCCUCCUCCUCCUCCUCUUCCUCUUCCUCCUCCUCUUCCUCUUCAUCUUCCUCGUCCUCUACCUCCCACAAUGCCACCCAGCAGCGGUUGCCCGGAGCGAUUAUUAUUGGGGUGCGGAAAGGCGGCACCAGAGCCCUGCUGGAGAUGCUCAACCUGCACCAGGACGUGGAGGUGGCAAAGGCCGAGGUGCACUACUUCAACAUCGAGGAGCACUUCCGCCGAGGCCUGGCAUGGUACAAAGCCCAGAUGCCCUUCACUCUUCCUGGUCAGCUGACGGUGGAGAAGACCCCUGGCUACUUUGCGUCCCCUCAGGCUCCUGCACGAGUCUGGGCCUUGAACCCCGCCGUGCGCUUGUUGCUCAUCGUCCGGGACCCGGCUGAGAGGCUGAUCUCCGACUACACCCAGGUCCUGCACAACCGCCUGACCCGCCACAAGCCCUACCAGCCUCUGGAGGAGCUCCUGAUCAACAAGGGGCACAUCGACCCUGCCUACAAGGCGCUGCAGAGGAGCCUGUACCACCAGCAUCUGGCCCGCUGGCUGGAGGUCUUCCCCAGGGAGCAGAUCCACGUGGUGGACGGCGACGCACUCAUUCAGGAUCCCUUCCCCGAGCUGAGAAAGGCAGAGAGGUUUCUGGACCUGCCGCCCAGGAUAAGCCCCGACAACUUCUACUACAACACCACCAAGGGCUUCUACUGCCUCCUGUCUGCGGGACACGACAAGUGCCUGGACGAGUCCAAAGGCAGGCCGCAUGCGCCGCUGAGCACCCAGGCCUUUCAGAAGCUUUGUCGCUACUUCAGGAAGCCCAAUAAGAUGUUCUUCGAAAUGAUAGGAAGGUCGUUCUCCUGGUGCUGAACCAGUGGUGAAAAGCCACUGUGGAGAUGAAACAGCUCCUGUACAAUGCCGACACAUUCAGGGACAGAAGGGGAGAAAGAACUGUGGUUUGUGUUUUUGUAGGUAGAUGAGUGGAAAGAGUCUUAUUUGAAUUUAUUUCACAAACAUUUCUUGUUGUUGAUACCUACUCAGGUGUAAAUGUGGCCAACGAGAGCAGAUGAACAACGUAGCUGCUCGUGUGGCCAACACAAACCAUUACGACGACCAAGCUGGUGCCUCUUUGGAUAAACUCACUUGACGAAGCUACGACAACUGUGCCAUACGCAAGUUUGAAACUAUAUACGACUAACUCCUUUUGAGUGAUCAUUUGUGAUUUGUGUGCAGACUUUGAGGUGACGCAAGUGGUGAAAGGAUGGAUGAAUUUGUUGCACUAUGAACUAUUGCAUAAUAAAAAGAAGUCAAUCAAGGUUCAACUUCAGACAAAUAACUUUUAAAUCAGAUUUUUCUAACAGUUGUUACUUGUUGUGUGUAAGUAUAAAUGCUUAGUUGAUUCAUUUGCUUUUUUACAAGACUGACUUUUAGAGAAACUUUUAGUGAAAACACCUUUAUUUUGCUAUAGCUCUUUUGAACGUCCCCUUGAAAUCUUGCUUUUUGUUUCUUAUCUUACAUUCAAGGCCAAUGUAGUACCAUUUUUCUGUUUGUGUUUUUUAAAAUGUCCUUCUAAUAAACGUGUUCAGUACAGUC